UAGUAUUGAAAUUGCUCAUGUGUGUUUUAAAUGAGUUUGAAGAUUUUAUAUGAAACGUGUGGUAAUUUUUGCAAUCAAAAUCUGCUGUUUAGUGUCCUGGGUCAGAGGAGAGGUCAGGGGAGCUUUGUUGUGGACGCAGGAACCAGUUUGAAGCAGUUUGAAAGGAUGAAAAAACACGGAUAGUUGAUCAACUUCAGAUAUGGGAAAUGUUCUAAAUGUUCCAUGUUGUCACAAUAGAUGUGAAAUAAGCACAUCUAUUGUUCAGACCAUGGGAAAGCACAUGGGGAGGAUGGCUUGGACAGUGGAUAGAUUCAUCCCUUGACCUUAGUAGCACCUGCAUGGUCUCUGGCGUGCAAACAUGUCAUUACGGGCUGUUUGCACACAGGCAGAGACCACAGUAUGUCAGAAUGCAUCAGGCAGCAAAAAACCCGCCUUGACGUACUUUGAUAAAAAAAUAAUUGAGAUAAAACAGCUAGUCAGAUCGCUGGCGUGUGACUGUUUUUCUUGUCCACCACAGCGCUCUCCGUAGACGCGUCUUUGCAUUUUUGCAUUUUUCUAAGAUAAUUUCUUCUUUGUGGCUUUGGGUUCUGAUGAUCAUAUUGAGAUGUUGGUCCGAUUUUAUCCAUUUGGUUGUUUUAGUAAAUUCUGGUUGAUUGUGAAGUUGAACAGUGACUGUUGUCUUGGUUUCACUUUUACACCUGACAUUAAUAGACCUGGGGAGACGAAAUAACAACGAGCAACAGGUAUAAAUAUUUCGUAUAUAUGUUUCUAGUCCAGUUAAACCACCACCCUUUGAGAUUCAUGGGUCUAGAAUUCAUUUCACUUCGAAUUGAGUUAUAAUGUGUAAUGUCUCUUUCAAUCCACCAGAGGGUGUCAGAGACAUUUUUAUUUUUUGAGUGUAGAGCUGUUGCGCUUCCAUGCUGACUUCCUGCAGUGAUUUUUUGCGCCAGAGACUUUUAAGCAUAAACAACAGGUUUCUUGGAUGUUGUAUGACGACACUUGAAGAGUAAAAAAACCCAACAACAGCAACAACAACAACAACAACAAAAACAUACAAUAAUUAGGGAAUGGACACAUUUUGAAGUCAAGCGAGAAAAACUUGCAGAUGAUUUUUUUUGCCCUUCCACUGUCCAGUGAUAUGUGGUGCUGAAAUUCCACAUCACCGGACUUCAGAACUGGGUUUUUUCGAAAACCUUUUUACAGCUUUUUUGAAUUCAGCUGGACUUGCUUUGAAUAGAGAGGUCACAGCUUUAUUUGACCUACAUACAGUUAAUUUGAUGUUUUGAUGAGCUUCUCCUCAUGCUAGCUUCGUCACCUUAUUAUUUUUUUUGCGUUUUUGAGACACGCUUGCAACUUAUUUUCUCUUUGCAAAUUUGUCGCCUAGAUACGACAGUGAGCGUCCUUGGUAUUUACGAUUGUAAAUAGCUUCAGGAGGUGGCGGCGGUGGGGGUGGAGGCACUGAUAAUUUGAAGACGUGCCAGAGUUACAAUGUUGGAUUCAAAAGGCAUUUCAAAGAACCAAACUAUGCACUUUUUCCUUUUAUUCCCCACUCUUUUUCUUCUUUCUGUCUGUAUUAUUUUUCUCCCUUUCUUUCUUUUCGCACGGUUGCAGGCCGUUUGAAUCGACCAAUGGGCCUUCAAGUUGAAGACAUUGGAAUGUAAAUGAGCCCAGCGCGUGCUCCCGGCGCAGUGAAAGCUCGGGAUUGUUUAUUGAGCUCCCUGAGCCACGCGCCUGGCCCGAGGGGGAGUCGGGCUUGCUGGAGAAUCACACAGCGGGGGCGGGGCAUCGCCACGAAAAGCGUGCGUCUCCCCAAAAAGAGGGGUGUGGGUGGGGUGCGUGCUGGGGCGCGUGUUGAAAAAGAGGAGUGCUGCCAAAGUUUGGGUCAGAUCGGCUCGUGGAGUGUAAGCAGUCAAGAGAGAGUUGGACGAGAGUUAGCCACACGGUCCCCACGCGAAGGACACGAGAGCUGAACACUGCCAACCCACUCACUUACUCUCUGAAUUCAUCACGUUAGAAGCUCUGUCAGCGAGAUGGAAACUGCGACCAUCACCACUACGCAGACAGCAUUCACCUUCGGACGCGCCACCAUCAGUCUGCACGCACCGGCCCAGGACGCAGCGGGACCCGCAGAGCACCCGAACGCCAGCGCGACAGUCGCCUUCCAGAGCAAAACCAAGGUGCUGAAGAGACAGCGCUCCAGCUCCCCGGAGCUUCUGCGCUGCAAGCGGCGCCUGAGCUUCAACGGCCUCGGCUACUCCAUUCCACAACAGCAACCCGUGGCCGUGGCCCGGCGGAACGAGAGGGAGCGGAACCGGGUCAAGCAGGUCAACAUGGGCUUCCAGACGCUGCGUCAGCACGUGCCGAACGGCGCCGCUAACAAGAAGAUGAGCAAAGUAGAGACGCUCAGGUCCGCGGUGGAGUACAUCAGGGCUCUGCAGCAGCUCCUCGACGAGCACGACGCAGUCUCAGCCGCGUUCCAGUGCGGGCUGCCGUCCCCGACGCUCUCCAACAGCUACUCCGCCGACCCGGAGUCGCCUCACUCCACCUACUCGUCAGACGAAGGCGGCUACGAGCCUCUGAGCUCAGAGGAGCAGGAACUGUUGGACUUUACAACCUGGUUUGACAGAUACUGACGCCGACAGCGCCGCAAUCAAACUCUUUUGGCAUGAAUCGGACUUCUCGCAAGAAGUGCUGACACAGCUUUCUUCAGCCUGCGCGCUGUGCUUGCAGGUGAUUUGUAUCCCUUGAAGCUUCUGAGGAGGCAAAGCAAUAGUGAGAAAGUGAGAGAGGGAGCAUCCUGUCGCAGAUAAAUAGCGGCCACCUUCCCCUUCUCUCCCUCCCCCGAAAGAAAGAGAGGAGCUGGACUCACACUGACGCGUGAAAAUGUUGACGCUGUUUGAUUAAGUGCAAUUAAGCUGCGACGGAGCAGGAUAAGUGCAGAGACGGUGCUGAAAUUCCUCCAGGAAACACGGACUGCCUUCCUCACCUGCUGCACUUUUUUUCCCCCUCCUGGAAGAUGACGCGUCAACGGACUUUUUUCAGUUAUGACGUAGUAGCUUACAUUUCGUAACACUGUAACAUAGGACAAAAUGUUUUAACAGGGAGACAUUAUUUUUGUACAAUGAGCCAAACAAAAAAAAAUGUUAUUACUGCCACUUUUUCUGACAGCGUUGUUGCCCUGAGAAGCAGCUGUCAGGUAUGGCAUGUGUGACGCGUAUGACUACCUGUGACCGAUUGUAGUGUUUUUCUUCUUUUUGAUAGAGAACCUUUAUUGAUGUGUGCACUUGUUUCUCGUAGUCGAAAAUGUAAAUAUUCGAUUUUAACAGAUAUAUUUUGUGUAAAACAAGUUUUUAAAAAAAAAUAAAGUUAAACCU